AGCUCCUAUCCAAAACAUCUAUCUAUAGUACGGAGCACGAGGGAGAGAGAGAAAGAUGUUUAACUCGGUGAAUCUGGGCAACUUCUGCUCCCAGACGCGCAAAGACCGGACAUCCGAGUUUGGGGACAGGACGGGCUGUGCGUCCAAUAUCUACCUCCCCAGCUGCACCUACUACGUCCCCGAGUUUUCUGCCGUCUCCUCGUUUCUUCCACAGGCCCCGUCCAGACAAAUCAGCUACCCCUAUUCCACAAAUCUGUCUCAAGUGCAGCCGGUACGGGAAGUUUCUUACGGCUUGGACCCUGCUAGUAAAUGGCACCACAGAAGCAACUAUGCGUCGUGCUACUCGGGAGAGGAUCUGGUGCAUAGAGACUGUCUUCCACCAUCCACCAUGACAGAAAUGCUUAUGAAGAACGAGAGUGUGUACAGCCACCACCAUCACCAUCACACCCAUCCGGGCUCCAAUCACCCUUCCACAGGUUUUUAUUCCGGCGUGGGGAAAAACAAUGUCCUCCCGCAAGGUUUCGAUCGCUUUUUUGAGACGGCGUACUGCAGCAGCACGGACAAUCAGUCAGACAAUUGUUUACAAAAGGGCGAAGGGGAGAAGCUGGAAAGCGACUCCCAACAGCAACAGCAACAGCAGCCCACGGCGUCUGUACCCGGAGCCGCGGAGCAGGAAAAAGACCCAGAAGAUGAGGAGGAACACACAAAUUCAGGCUCAUGUACGUCUUCCUCUGCAACAACCAAGGACGGCAACGCCAGCAAGAGCAGCCACUCGAGCGCUCCUCGAACAAGGAAGAAGCGGUGUCCAUAUUCCAAGUUUCAGAUUCGAGAGCUGGAGCGGGAAUUCUUCUUUAACGUUUACAUCAACAAAGAGAAAAGGCUUCAACUUUCCCGAAUGUUAAACCUCACCGACCGCCAGGUUAAAAUUUGGUUUCAGAAUAGAAGAAUGAAAGAGAAGAAGCUGAGCAGAGAUCGCCUCCAGUACUUCUCUGGAAAUCCCCUAUUGUGAGCAGGAGCAGAGAGUGUCACAGUGUGGGACGGUGGCAUUUAGGCCCCCUCUUAUCUCACUGAGUUGUCACUGUGGGCAUACCCAUUUUCUAAGGCAGCCCACAACACCAACAGUGCAAUGCUAAAGUGGACAGUGGCAGAAAUAGGCCUGCAUGGGAUAAAAAUCGCCAUUUUCUUAUAGCCCUACGGGCGGCGUUGAAUUUCUAGCUGGUCCCCAGAAAAAGGCCUACACGAUUAGAAUAAUCAUUUAUAUGCUGUUCUUGAAUAUGUCCCUCUAUUUAUCAUGAUUCUUCAUUGUGUUUAUUCUAUUGUUCACAUAUUUGUUAAAAACAAUAUGAAAUAUAACAAGCAUUUUGAAUCCUUUAUUGCGCAGACAACUUUUAGCUCUCAUCCCCAGCUCUGGUCUUUGUAUAUAGCUUAUUCCCAUCUAAUUAUUUCUUUACCGGAGUACGAGCAAAUUAUAGGAAAUCUUUAAUUAAGCUGCAUAUUUCGCCAUUGAGAACUGUGACGUCCAAUCUGUGAAAAAAAAGUAUAUCCAACUGUACAGAGUAGCCUAUGCAAUGUGCUAUCAUGACUGUAAAUAACCGUAUGUUGAAUUUCCUUUCCGCUAUCCCUGCUGCUAUUUUUCAGUACAGUGCCCAUUCAACUCUAACAGCUUUAACGCCAACACUUGUUAAAUUAUUUGCUUAAAGCGUUGCUGCUUUCGAUUCCAGAGAGCAGAUUGUCGGCCUGUGUAUCAUUAACAUAAUACCUAUG